AAUUUCCAAACCCUAUUUUUCCAGUGGGUUCUCUCUGCCUUUCCCGACUGCCGCCCUCCGCCGCACCGGAGCGGUUCCACCGGUUGGACGGAUAUUAUCCUUAAUCCACGUUUUUCGCUUUGUUAUUUCUGAUCUGAAACACUUUUGCGAAUUAUGGAUAUAAUAUCACAGCUGCAAGAACAGGUGAAUACGAUAGCAUCUCUUGCAUUCAACACCUUUGGCACGCUUCAAAGGGAUGCUCCGCCGGUGCAGCUGUCGCCUAAUUAUCCGGAGCCUCCCGCCAAUGCUACCGGUGUGGAAGACCCGACGAGUCUGGCCGAGCAGCCCAAGCUACUUAGUGCUGAAUUGAUAAAGGCGGCCAAACAGUUUGAUGCAUUAGUUGCUGCGCUCCCAUUAUCCGAGGGGGGAGAAGAAGCUCAAUUAAAAAGAAUUGAAGAACUCCAGGUUGAAAAUGAUGCAAUUGGACAGGAACUACAAAGGCAACUGGAAGCUGCAGAGAAGGAGUUGAAGCAGGUACAGGAGCUAUUCAGCCAAGCCACAGAUAACUGUCUGAACUUAAAGAAACCUGAUUGAUCAACUAAUUGAUGCAGAUUAUGUAGUCUAGUUUGAUUUUUGGUUGUUUAUUUAGUGUGUACAUGGUGAAUUUGGAUUCUUCAUGUUAUUUGAGGUUGCAAAUCUCAAAUCCUAUAAUGCAAUUCAAUAAAAAAAAUAUGCAUCAUUAUGCCAUUUUUC